AUGAGUAAUAAAUGGUGUGCUAAAUGUACAGUAUGUUCAAUAGUGAUAAAAGAUACGACCAAGACAACGUCAAAUUUUGUUAAACAUCUGCAGACAAAACAUUCUAAACAGUAUGAUGAAUGGAAACAAUUAAAAACAAAGGAAAAUCCUGUUUCUCAACAAAGAUCAAUCACCGACAGAUUUGGAGAGCCGAAAAGAAGAAAAACAUAUCCUUCAUCUCAUUCUCGUCAAAAAGAACUAUCAAUGGGAAUCGUGAAACAUUUAAUUGCUGAAAUGGGAUUGCCAUUGUCAUUAGUAGAACGGAAUUCAUUUAAAAUGUUUAUGAAAUUGGUUGAUAAUAAGUAUAAAUGUAUUAGUCGACGACAUAUAACACGAUCAAUGUUACCAGGAAAACAUACUGCAAUCAAUAUAUUAAAUGAACUUAAUAAAGUGAUAAAAUUCGGUUUAAAUAAUUCGAAAACAGCGACUACUGCGUUAGCAAAAGUAGCGACAAUUGCCAAGUUUAGUCAUAAGAGUUCAAUAUUUGCUGAUCGUUUGGAAAAUAUUAAAUUGUCUAUACCCACAGCAAAUGAAACAAGAUAG